GCGCGACGGACCAAUCACCGCCGAGCUCGGACGUACGCACGUUGGCAGUUGGGGGGAGCGACUACCGUGGGAGCGGCUAGAGAGGCGGAGUUUCGACUCAUUCUAGGGCAAGAAGGAGCGUUUUCAAUUGCCGCGGUACCCCCUUACAAACUUCCACUUCAAAACAGACGAAAAGGAGUUUUUAGGAGAACCGAAAGGGAUUGUUGGAGAUUUUUCCUCCCGACCAGACGCGACUUGGACGAUAAAAGUGACGGUUUCGUGUUUACAUAACACGCUUUCCCGGUGUUGGCGGCGCGGAGUGCUCGGUCCUGCCACCGCAACCUCCCUCCAGGUCACAGGCCAGUUCAUUGUUCCGUCAUUCGUUUCGUUAUCAGCUAUAGAGUGAAAAACCUUAAGUCAGAUUUGUGAAAAUCCCGCAUUUAUCCAUGAAAUUGACAUCGUUUGGAAAAACAAGUUAUACAACAAGCCGGGCUGCCGCACGUCAGACCGCCAGGUCCUAAAGCCCGCCGGGUUGCACGUUGCUGCCAGUCCAAAUGCUUCACCAAUCAACGAGUUCUGCACUUUUCGACAUUAUGGAAACAAUUCUGUUAGAGCAAGGCUAAUAUAGAAGUUGGACUCGAGAUCUGAACUGAAAUUUGUGUGUUUUGAGGACCUUUAUCCCCCGUCAUAUAUAUCUGGUUUCCCCCCGUGGCCUUGGAUUCACUCAAAUAUCACAGGAAUCCGCCGGUAAAUUGGAAUUAACGUCGUCCGAGCACCACCGGAACCCCCCGAUCUCAUUCAAGAAGGCAUAAAAAGGACUUGUCGGUUUGAGUGAUGGUCAUUAAUACGAUCCACUGGUUCAGGAAGGGCUUGCGGCUCCACGACAAUCCGUCGCUGAAGGAAUCUCUGCUGGGGGCGGACACCGUCCGCUGCGUCUACAUCCUCGACCCCUGGUUCGCGGGAUCUUCCAACGUUGGGAUCAACAGGUGGAGGUUCUUACUGCAGAGUCUGGAGGAUUUGGACGCCAGCCUCCGUAAGCUCAACUCUCGUCUCUUUGUGAUCCGAGGACAACCCACCGAUGUCUUUCCCAGACUCUUCAAGGAAUGGAAGAUCACUCGCCUGUCUUACGAGUACGACUCGGAGCCCUUCGGGAAGGAGCGCGAUGCUGCCAUUAAGAAGCUGGCCUCUGAGGCCGGAGUGGAGGUGACAGUCCGAGUGUCCCACACGCUCUAUGAUCUGGACCGCAUCAUAGAGCUGAACGGGGGUCAGUCUCCUCUCACCUACAAGCGGUUCCAGACCCUCAUCAGCCGCAUGGAUCCAGUGGAGAUGCCUGUGGAGUCCAUCACGGCUGAGGUCAUGGGCAAGUGCACCACGCCUCUGUCUGACGACCACGACGAAAAGUUCGGAGUCCCCUCUCUGGAGGAACUGGGCUUUGAUACCGAAGGCCUGUCGUCAGCCGUGUGGCCCGGAGGAGAGACCGAGGCUCUGACGCGCCUGGAGAGGCAUCUGGAGAGGAAGGCGUGGGUGGCCAACUUUGAGCGUCCUAGAAUGAACGCCAACUCACUGCUGGCCAGCCCGACGGGGCUCAGCCCAUACCUCCGAUUCGGCUGCCUGUCCUGCCGCCUCUUCUACUUCAAACUCACCGACCUGUACAGGAAGGUGAAGAAGAACAGCUCUCCCCCUCUCUCGCUGUACGGCCAACUGUUGUGGCGUGAAUUCUUUUACACCGCCGCCACCAACAACCCCUGCUUCGACAAGAUGGAGAGCAACCCCAUCUGCGUCCAGAUCCCCUGGGACCGAAACCCGGAGGCCCUGGCCAAAUGGGCGGAGGGCCGGACCGGUUUCCCGUGGAUCGACGCCAUCAUGACUCAGCUGAGGCAGGAGGGCUGGAUCCACCACCUGGCCCGACACGCCGUGGCCUGUUUCCUGACGAGAGGAGACCUGUGGAUCAGCUGGGAGGAGGGCAUGAAGGUGUUCGAGGAGCUGCUGCUGGACGCAGACUGGAGCGUGAACGCCGGCAGCUGGAUGUGGCUCUCCUGCAGCUCCUUCUUCCAGCAGUUCUUCCACUGCUACUGCCCAGUGGGUUUUGGCCGACGCACCGACCCCAACGGAGACUACAUACGACGCUACCUGCCCAUCCUGAGGGGGUUUCCAGCCAAGUAUAUCUACGACCCGUGGAACGCUCCAGAUAGCGUGCAGAAGGCGGCCAAAUGCAUCAUUGGGGUUCAUUACCCGAAGCCCAUGGUGAACCACGCAGAAGCCAGCCGCAUCAACAUUGAGCGGAUGAAGCAGAUCUACCAGCAGCUGUCCUGCUACCGAGGCCUCGGACUUCUGGCCAUGGUUCCGUCCAACUCCAAUGGAAAUGGAAACAACGAGGCGUCGUCCGAUGCGUUCUCCAUGGAGGCUUCACGCGAGGCCGCCGCAGCUUCUGCCUACCAGACUCAAGGCGACUGGCAAAGUGGUGUAAUGAUGUACCUGCAGGGCGAUCCACAAACCAGUGGGGCCUCGCAGCAGCAGCAGCAGGGUUUCAGCAGCAGAAUGAUGUGUUACACUCAAAGCACUCAGCAGGUUCCUGUCUCCACGCACCAGAAAGGGUCUGAACAUCACUCAAACACUCUGACGAGCGGCAAACGGCACAUCGAGGACACGGGGAGCAGCAGAGGCUCCAAAGUCCAGAAACAGAGCAACCGCUAGGGGGUCAGAAGCUAACACAGGUUCCGUAAAUCAUAUCACCACCAGAACAAAGAGGACACCAAGACUUCAACGUUUUGCAUGAUCACACCUCCGGAACAAGCAGCUAACCUGUUCAUUCGACGUUCCCACAUUUCCCCAGUCAGACUGUAUUCCAGGAUUUCACAGCAAAAACCCAAAUUUGACGAGACUGCAGACGCUCCGACGUCGUCUUUGGAGAAAUACUUCUGGGAAAAAAAAAACAAAAAAAAACGUCCUUUUGUACAUAACGACUUUGCUAACUGCAGCUUGUACAUAUUUGGAUAUUGUAUGUGUGUUUUCUCUCUUUGUGUAGACCCAUUGAUAUAUUUUUGAUAUAAAAAUCAUUACAGACGGAUCUUUUGGAAAAAAAUGUAAACUAACUGUUCCCGUCCAUAAUUAAAAAACUAGGAGAAAUCUUCAGCCGCCGCGUCGAGGCGCCCAGUGUACAUACAACCACGCGUGUCGUGCUCCUCCCUCUGUCUCCGUGCUCGUGGACGUCAUCGUCAUUCCAUCCGUAGGCUGUGACACUAACCCUCAUGCUGUAGUCGGUAGUAGUCGAGAAGAAAUGAGAGGAAUUCAGAGCUUUUGUGGUUUCAUCCCCAAUAAAUAAAUAAAUGUACCACCAAAGACUGCUGCCCCUCUGGCGUCACUCCUGUGCUUGUUUGAAUAAAACUGGGUUAAACACCAAAA